GUCUAAUUUUCCUUAAAAAAAGUGAUUGAUAAUUUUUCUGUUUCUUUAAGCCUUUCAUAUGCACCUUCAGGGUUGCUUCAGGCGAAAUGUGACAGUUGUGACUAUUUAUGCAUCAUUGGGGGAGGAAGCGUUAUGUCACUCACUCAAUGAGACAGAGGUUACAACAGUGAUAUGUGCCCAAAAAGAACUGAAGACACUUGUAGGUAUUAGUGGACAACUUGAUUCAGUGAAACGUGUGAUAUGCAUGGAUGAUGAUAUCCCAUCUGAAGCCUCAUCUGUUGAGCAUGGCUGGAUCGUAACUUCUUUUGCUAAUGUAGAGAAGCUUGGUAGAGAAAACCCUGUUGAUGCUGAUUUACCUCAUCCUGCUGAUGUUGCCGUUAUAAUGUACACAAGUGGAAGUACAGGUUUACCUAAGGGUGUGAUGAUGACACAUGCCAAUGUCUUAGCAACUGUCUCUGCUGUGAUGACAAUUGUUCCUGACCUUGGGAGAAAUGACACAUAUCUAGCAUACUUACCAAUGGCCCAUAUCCUUGAAUUAGCAGCUGAGAAUUUGAUUGCAGCUUGUGGAAGUGCAAUAGGAUAUGGAUCUCCUCUGACCUUAACAGAUACAUCAAACAAGAUUAAGAAAGGAACAAAGGGGGAUGCUACAGUGUUGAAGCCAUCAUUAAUGGCAGCAGUACCAGCAAUACUUGAUCGAGUGCGUGAUGGAGUGUUCAAGAAGGUAAAUGCAACUGGAGGGUUGUCAAAGAAGUUGUUCAACUUAGCCUAUGCUCGCAGGUUGCAAGCAGUUAAUGGUAGCUGGCUUGGAGCUUGGGGCUUGGAGAAGGCACUUUGGGACUUUCUUGUGUUUAGAAAGGUCCGGGCAAUUCUAGGGGGUCGUAUCCGUUUUAUAUUGUCUGGUGGUGCUCCUCUUUCUGGUGAUACACAGAGAUUCAUCAAUAUUUGUCUUGGUGCUCCAAUAGGUCAAGGAUAUGGUCUGACAGAGACUUGUGCUGGUGGGACAUUCUCUGAUGUUGAUGAUACAUCUGUUGGUCGUGUUGGACCACCUCUUCCAUGCUCAUUUAUUAAGCUAAUUGAUUGGCCUGAAGGUGGGUAUCUAACAAAAGACUCACCCAUGCCCCGGGGUGAAAUUGUAAUUGGUGGUCCAAACGUGACACUUGGGUACUUCACUUUGCAUGAAUUAACUUCUGUAUCAUUCAUGUUAAAGGUUGAUGAAAAAGGAAUGAGGUGGUUUUACAGUGGUGAUAUAGGGAGAUUUCAUUCAGACGGUUGCCUCGAAAUCAUUGAUCGCAAAAAGGAUAUUGUUAAAUUGCAGCAUGGAGAGUAUGUCUCCUUGGGAAAGGUUGAGGCAGCUCUUAGUGUUAGCCCUUUUGUGGACAAUAUUAUGUUGCAUGCUGAUCCUAUCUACAAUUACUGUGUGGCACUCGUCGUAGUUUCUCCAUCUACUUUGGAAGAUUGGGCCUCAAGUAAAGGCAUAGCUUAUUCAAAUCUUUCAGAACUAUGCAAGAGAGAAGACACUAUGAAGGAGGUGCAUGCGUCACUUGUAAAGGAAGGAAAGAAGGCUCGUUUGGAGAAAUUUGAGAUCCCUGCAAAAAUUGAAUUGCUUCCUGAACCAUGGACUCCAGAGUCUGGUCUAGUCACUGCUGCGCUCAAGCUCAAAAGAGAAGCAAUCAGAAAGGCUUUCCAUGAAGUGCUUUUGAAAUUAUAUGCUUAAAGAGUCUAAUGACCAACUUAGAUAUGUUGGGACUCCAACUGCGAAAGAAAGAAGCUACUGAGCCUUUUUUCCCUUCUUUCUUUUAUACCCUGGUCAUGGCAGUGGUCGAGUCGGAAAAUUCUUGUAUAAAUACAAAUGACAAGAUGUACUGAGAUGGAGAGGUUGUUAUACUCUUUUUUUUUUCCAAGGAAGAGAGGUUUUUUGUCCUUUUUGUUA